AUGCUAGAAAUCGCAAAGGAAUUAGACGAUAUGUCCAUGUCCACGUAUAUUGAAGAAAGGACAACUAGUGAUGAGAACGUUUGUGAUGAAAUUGAGUUACUUUGUCCUAGAGAACGUGUCCUUCAACUGUUUAUGAUACCGUCGAUAGUUUGUUUCAGGGCAGCUAUGCGCGAAUUGACUAAAGUACGUUCUCGAGCAAUUCGCCUUGAAUGUAAUUUGAAGGCACAGCGAGCUGAUGGGCUUAUGAACGGUUUGGAUAACUACAUGUAUUCUUCAUCAAGUCCUCGGUAUCUUACGGCAAAAGAAGAAAAAGAUGAGGAAGGAUCAUGCAGACGUGAUCGAGCUAGAGGAAGUCAUACAUAG